AUGGCCGGGACGCCGGCACUGCCCGGAGCCCUCCUGGCCGCGCUCCUGGCGCUGGCCUCGCCCUCGCUGACCCCCAUUCACCAGCCCGGCUUCUGCGCCUUCUACGGCGAGUGCGGCCGGAACCCGGAGGUGAACGUGUCGCUGGUGUCGUCGCGGGUGCCCUGCCUGUCCAACACCCCUGCCCGGGUGGCAUCGGGGGCGCUGCUGUCGCUGCUGCGCACCGUGUGCCCGGAGCUGGUGCGGGGCAACAACGAGACCACGCUCGUGUGCUGUAACUACGUGCAGCUCGAGGCUCUCCAGCGCAGCGUGGGGCUGUCGGGAGCGGUGCUGGCUCGGUGCCCGUCCUGUGCCCGCAACUUCGCCAACCUCUACUGCCACAACAUCUGCAGCCCGGACCAGAGCCUGUUCACCAAUGUCACCCGCGUCAUCGACUACGCGGAGGAGCCGGGAGCCCUGGCCGUGCUGGAGUAUCAGCUCUUCUACAGCCAGCGCUACGCCGAGGCCGCCUUCGCUUCGUGCCAGGACGUGCGGCUGCCAGCCACGGGCGGCUACGCCAUCGCCACCAUGUGCGGCCGCUACGGAGCCCAGCUGUGCACGGCCCAGCGCUGGCUGGACUUCCAGGGCGACAAGAACAACGGGCUGGCACCGCUGCAGAUCGACUUCCACCUGCUGCCCAACAGCUCCGAGCCCGGCGAGGGCAUCGUGCCGCUGGACGCGCCCGUGUGGGGCUGUGACGAAGCGCUGGACGCCGAGCAGGAGCCGUGUUCGUGCCAGGACUGUGCCCGCUCCUGCCCGCCCGUGGUGCCACCCCCGGACCCGCCGCCGCCGUUCCGUAUCGGCCGUGCCGAUGGCGUUCUGGUCAUCUGCGUGCUGCUCUUCGCCCUUCUGGCUCUGACCUUCGUGCUGGCCCGUGUGUGCCGCCGGGGAUCCGCGGAGCCGCCGCCCAAGGCUCGGGGCCGGGGCGAGUGCGCGGAGCGGGCGGGCGAUGCCUGGCAGCGCUCCCUGGAGCGAGCCUUCCGCUCCUGGGGCACGGCGGUGGCCACGCGGCCCGUGCUGGUCCUGCUGGUGGCCCUGGUGGUGGCCGGAGGGCUCUCGGCAGGGCUGGUGACCCUGAGGCUCACCACGAACCCCGUGGAGCUGUGGUCAGCGCCGGGCAGCCGUGCCAGGCAGGAGAAGGCGUUCCACGACCGCCACUUCGGGCCCUUCCUGCGCACCAACCAGGUCAUCGUGACGGCGCCGGGGCGCUCUGGUGUCGCCUACGACUCGGUGCUGCUGGGGACAAAGAAUUUCAGCGGUGUGCUGGCCGAGGACGUGCUGCUGGUGCUGCUGGAGCUGCAGGAAACGCUGGCGGCCACCACGGCGUGGGCCCCGGGCUCGGGCAGGAAUGUCAGCCUGCAGGACGUUUGCUACGCGCCCCUGAACCCCAGCCAGCCCGGCGUGGGCGACUGCGCCGUGUCCAGCGUCACUCAGUACUUCCAGAACAACCGCAGCCACCUGGAGCUCCGAGCCUGGCAGCAGGACGACAAGAACCCGGGCACCGUGGACUGGCACGACCACCUCAUCUACUGCGUCAAGUGGGUGACGCGGGCGAGGGGCGUGGGGGGGGAUGUGGGGGGCACGGUGUGGCGCUGUGACCGUGGGGUGGCCACUUGUGGGGAGUCCGAGUACACGGAGGCCGAGGCGCUCAUUGUCACCUACUCGCUCAACAACUUCGAGUCCGGGGACGAGCGCCUCGAGUGGGUGCUGAGCUGGGAGCGCCGAUUCCUGGACGUGGUGCGCGACUUCCAGCGCCGCCACAGCCACAACCUCUCGGUCACCUUCAUGGCCGAGCGCUCUCUGGAGGACGAGAUCAACCGCACGAGCGGGGAGGACAUCCCGGUGUUCGCCACCAGUUACCUGCUGGUGUUCGCCUACAUCGCGCUGGCCCUGGGCGAGUACACGGCCUGGAGGCGGGUCCUGGUGGAGUCGAAGGUGACGCUGGCCGUGGGUGGCAUCGUUGUGGUCCUGGGGGCCGUGCUGGCCUCCAUGGGGCUGCUGUCGCUGCUGGGGCUCGCCUCGUCCCUCAUCAUCAUCGAGGUCGUGCCCUUCCUCGUGCUGGCCGUGGGCGCCGACAACAUCUUCAUCUUCGUGCAGGAGCUGCAGCCCCCUCCCCCCCAGGUGCUGCUGUUCCUGUUCCUGGCCUGUGCCGGGCUCUUCCUCCUGUUCCAGGUGUCCGUGGGGCUGGACCAGGAGCUGGCCCUGCCCGAGGACUCGUACAUGCUCGAGUACUUCUCGGCGAUGAACCAGUACCUGGCCGUGGGUGUCCCCACCUACUUUGUCACCACGAGUGGCUACGACUUCUCCUCGGCCAACGGCACCAACGCCAUCUGCUCCAGCUCGGGCUGCGACUCCGACUCGCUCACCCAGACCAUCCAGCUGGCCACGGCCUUCCCCAACGUGUCCUACCUGGCCAUCCCGGCCACCUCGUGGGUGGAUGAUUUCCUGGACUGGCUGAACCCCAUGGGGCGCUGCUGCCGCAUCCACCAGUUCGGGCCGGACAAGGGCGAGUUCUGCCCCUCCACCAGCAAUGAUCUGAGCUGCCUGCUGGGGAAGUGUCUGAAGACGGCGCGGCGCCCCACGGCCGAGGAGUUCCAGCGCUUCCUGCCCUGGUUCCUGCACGACCGCCCCAACCUGCAGUGUGCCAAGGGGUGAGUGGCACCGCGAGUGACCGCUGUCCCCAUAGUGACCACUGACCCUGAGAUGACCCGUGUCCCCGCAGCGUCGCGGUUCAUGGCGUACCAGCGGCCGCUCCGCACGUCUCAGGAAUACACGGCCGCGCUGCGCGCCGCCCGCGCCCUGGCCGAGCGCAUCACCAGCACCCUGCGCGCCGUGCCCGGCACCGACCCCGCCUUCCGCGUCUUCCCCUACACGGUGACGUACGUGUACUACGAGCAGUACCUGACGGUGGUGUACGAGGGGCUGGUGACGCUGGCACUGUGCCUGGUGCCCACCUUCGCCGUGUCCUUCCUGCUGCUGGGCAUGGACGUGCGCUCCAGCCUGGCCACGCUGCUCACCAUCGCCAUGGUGCUGCUGGACACCGUGGGCUUCAUGGCGCUCUGGGGCGUGCCCUACAACGCCGUGGCACUCAUCAACCUGGUGGCGGUGAGGGCACACGGGGACACGGGGCACGCUGAGGGGCACGGGGAU